CUCCCAUCCCUCCCUUCUCCUCCUUCCUCCCCCUGCCGCUGCUGCUUCUCCUGCUCUUGCUCCGGAUCGCUCUUCCUCCGAGCCGUAUGUUUUGUACCAGCACCGCAGAUGAUGUCCCUGCACUGACGUUGCCCUGAAGACUCCUGCAGCAGCGUUGGAAGGAUUCCCCCGUUGAUUAUAAUUAUUUCAGUUUUUGGUGGUUGGUUGGUUAGUUGCCGCGGCGAGUGGGGUUUGGUUUUUUGGUUUGGUUCUGGUUUUUUUAACACCAUGUCUAAUUCUGGCGCCCCUCAAGACGCUGGUAACAAGCCCAACAUGUUGGACAGAAAUAACCAAGAGGACUCGCAACCCCCCAUCAACUCUGAGAGGAGGAACAAAAGUGGGAUCAUAAGUGAACCUUUGAACAAAAGUCUUAAGAAAUCGCGUCCGCUCUCCCACUACUCCACCUUCAGCAGCAGCAGCUUGGUAAGCGAACAUUCAGAGAAAGGAACCUCCUUAGCUAAUGGCAAUGAAGCAACAACUGUGGAUAAAAGUCACUCUACCUCAAAGCACAAAAACAUCUCUAGUAUGCUGAGCAAAUCAGACAGGGCGUCAGAAAUCUCAUCAGAAGGACAGAUCAGCCUACAACAGUUUGCUCAGUCUACAGAUAUGCUCAAAAGAGUGGUACAGGAGCACAUUCCUUUACCAAAUGACCACGGGACUGGUAUCUCUGAUAUGGAAGCGGUCUCAGCUGCAGAGACAAUGAACAGCCCAUCUGAUUUUCCUUACCUGGGGGCUUUUCCCAUAAACCCAGGCCUUUUCAUUAUGACCCCUGCUGGCGUGUUUCUGGCAGAGAGCGCGCUCCAUAUGGCUGGCUUGGCAGAGUACCCGAUGCAGAAUGAAUUGGCAUCUGCCAUCAAUUCUGGGAAAAAGAAACGGAAAAGAUGUGGCAUGUGCCCUCCGUGCCGAAGACGGAUAAACUGCGAGCAGUGCAGCAGUUGUAGGAAUCGCAAAACUGGCCACCAGAUUUGCAAAUUCCGAAAAUGUGAGGAACUCAAAAAGAAGCCGUCUGCAGCGCUGGAGAAGGUGAUGCUUCCUACAGGAGCUGCAUUCAGAUGGUUUCAGUAGGAAUGAGAAUUCCAAAGCUCUGUCAUCCAAGUGCAAUGUCACUGCUUGCUUGUGUUGUCUCAGGCAAGGAAUUUUUUGGCUGAAAUGAAUGGAUGCACCUGUGUCUCUUUAGAACCAAAAAUAUUUUCUCGCAGAUUUCAUUCCUGUUUUUAUAUAUAUAUUUUUUUUGCGUUUGUUUUAACAUCUUCAAGUCCUAGUAAAACAUUUAACUGCUUUUCAAAUAAUAAUAAUAAAAAAAUGGAUCUGUAAAGUACCAAGACUUAAUAGACAGAGUAUGGACAAUCAGUUUCUUUCUGUGUUUUUGGUGUUGAUGUUGUUUAUGUGUGGAAGAUGCAGUUCUUGUGUAGAGAAUGUAAAUUUACAGUAACCUUUUAAAAUCUAGUUACUAAUAAGCACUACUGUAAUUUAGCACAGUUGUUUAAUUACACCCUCAUUUAUAACUUUUUAUUUGAUUAUUUCCCAUCAUAAAAUAGAGUGGAUAGUUUCUAGAAUGCCUCAACUUCAUGUUUAUAAAUGAGAAUAUGUUUAAAACGAUGUAGUAUCCCUUUUCCUAACCAUUCACAUAUGUAAGUUUAACCAGCAAGAAGCUUGGUAUUAAAGAUGAAAGAAAAAUUGCUGCAAAAUGGGCAGUCUUGGAAAAAAAAUCAUUGUUAGUUUAUUAAUAUAGAACAAGAAAUACUGCAUACAGGGAAAACAAGAUCCUAAUUGCAAUGGUUUACUUAUAGAAAUCAUUUUUAUAAACUUACUGAAGUUAAAAGAAAAAUAAAAAAAAAUUGCAGGACCUGUGCUGAAGCAGUUCUGAAAGCUAAUAUUUCUCUUAUGUUCAAAUCCCCGUUUCUCCAGCUCUCUCUACAUCAGUAAAUUG